AAUUAUUCCAAAAGAUUUAAAACUCUCGAAAAGGACUUUAAUUCCAAAUAAUGACACAAAAACAGUGAGAGUUUCAAGGCUAGAAGACGUUUCGCCAAUUAAAAAAGCUCCAAAACCAGAAACACCAGUGAAAGGUGUUCACAAAUUGCUGGAAGAAUCUGAGAAUAUUGAGAGUUCAGAUGAAGAUGAAGAUACUAUGCAGCUUACUUUCCAAAAUAUGACUUUGCUAGAAUCCACAUCUUCAGUGCAAACAGACCCUUGCUUUGUCCUGAGCAGACUCAUGCGAAGAAUGUGAUAUGUUCACAAAUGAAAAUAUUAUUCAACAGAUCCUUGAUGUUUUAGACUACCUUAAAUCAGAAAAUCAAAUGGAAAUUUACAACAGUACUCGUGGAACGGAAGAUUCCUUUAUCGAAUAUUGCUUUUUUGUUAUUUGCUGAUGUGGUAGAAUGGUUUUCCGUGGACAGUACCGGAAACGUGAGAUACUCAGAAGAAGUAAAGACAUUUUGGCGGAUUGGAUUAAAGCUGUUCAAAGGAAAGUUCCUCAGGUUUAUGUCAGGAUGGAAAAACCGGGGUCAGGAACUAAAGGGUGAUAUCAGACCAGAAGAUUCUGUCAUUAAUUUUGCUGUGCCAUCACUGACUUGUCUAGAAGAAUCUCAUUUGGCUGAAAAACAAUCAAAUGCUGGCCAGAGUUAUGGCCUUGAUGGGAAGAUACUGUUGAAGUCGAAGAAAUGUGUGAAGUUUCAACCAAAUACCUUGAGUUUUCGUGGAGUUAUAAAGUUUCAUGCAAAACAUUAAGCAAAGCAUUACGCCGACGUCGACACCAACGAUGAUGCAUGAACAUGAAGUGGCUAUGUAAAGGACACUGAUAUAAAGACAUUGCUGGAUGUAUUUCCUGGUGGCAACUUCAGACCAACAGAAGUGUUUGGGGUGGCAGUAUUUACCACUAUUGAUCUGGAAACCAUGGACCUAAGAAAAUUUUGGAUGCUUUAGAUACACUUCACUGUACAGCUUUUUUGAUGAGAUGUAUAAGAAAGGAUACCACUGUCAAUAUUGAGGGAAAUGGACUUGAUGCUUAGAAGGAGGCUGAGAUGUCAGAUUCCUCUUCCCCUCCAAGUCACCACAACAACAAACAGCAACAUGAAAGGGGUGACAGUAAGGAUGAAAGUGACUGAAAAAAUUUUGCAAAUCAAGGUUAUUGUUUUUGGUGAUGCAGAGGCCGCAGGGGGUCAUGUGACAUUCCAGUCUUUGAUAGAUUCUUCUGAUGGACAGUAUACAACCCCUUCUGGUGACCCAAAGAAAAAUGUGGUGGCCUUUAUGUCAUCUUCAGGGACAACAGGGUUCCUGAAGACUAAUGGUUACAAACUAUGCUACUGUAGCAAAUACAUUGAUAAUGGAUACUGAACCAGUGAUUCCAAAAGAUAAUCACCUGGUUAUGUUUCUUCCACUGUUCCACAUGUAUGGACUUUAUGUGUGUGGAUUGUACAGCCAUUUUUUAGGGGCAACUCUUGUUAUCAUGAGGAAGUUUACAUCUGAUGAUUAUCUCAGAUUGAUAGAAAAAUACAAGCCAGCUACCAUACAUACUGUACCACCUAUAAUGGUAAUGUUUGCUAAGUAUCCAAAAGUGUCAGAGUAUGAUUUAUCCUCAGUGAAGGGUGCAGUUUUUGGUUCUGCCCUACUUAGCAAGGAAAUAGAAGAUGUUGUAAAAACCAAGCUGAAACUACCCUGUAAUAACCAAGGAUAUGGAAUGACAGAAAUUGGUGGAACACAUGUAAAUGGGAAGGAUACAUUUAAAUAUAAAUCAGUGGGAAAACUCCUUCCUUUGAUCGAGAUAAAGAGUUUACCACUGCUGCCAUUUCUACAGUUCUAUGCUGAGUUCAGUGAGAGGCAGAACUACAGAAACUAUAGACUUCUCCUGGAUGAGUUUAAAGAAUCUGUGUUUCAGGACAUGUAACAGUAAUCGGAAAGUAUUCGAAAAAAUGUAUUAGUUACAGUGUAGCCAAAAAGAGGUAUAGAAUUUGUGAUUUUGUGAGAAAAAUGGGGAAAAUAUCACAUGUGCAUAACUGUAGAAAAAAUUGGUCAGGGUCAUCCAAAGGUAUGGCACCAUUCCUUAUGAUAAAAUGUUUAAGACAUUUGCAAGACAAAGGACUGCAUAUAAAAAAACAUGAUGGAUGAUGACACUACUACAUAUGUAAGAGCUAAGAGAAUCCUAGGUAAUCAUAUAGAGAAAGCUAGUGACAAAAAUCACGCCAUGAAAAACAUACAAAAAGAACUCUACAAAUUAAAGGACAUUCACCAUAUGUCAGACAAAGUUGUGACUCACUUUAAGAAAUGUCUUACAUACGCAAUAUCUCGAAAUCAGUCAAACGAAGAAACUUUAGUUACAAGUAUAAGUGCAAUAGUGCCCCACACUUUCGGUGGUCACACACAUUGUCUAGAAACAUGGUGCCGUCAGUCAGAAAAAGGUAAAGACUAUAAACAUAGCACCUUACCUUACGGUAAAGAUCUCUCCGGAGAAGAAUUACACAAAGAUCUUGACGGCUUGUUUCGCAAGUUCACCCUUGAAUCAACCGCAAAGAAACUAACUGACCUCAGUAGCUCCAAUUCAAAUGAGAACUUAAACCAUAUGAUUUCGAGGAAAGCAAAAAAAAAAAAGAGAGGAAAGCUCCAAAGUCAAAUCAUUACUCAGAUUCAGACAGCCUUGAUUUCUGAGCUGCCGCAGGUGUUGCACAGAAAAAUGAUGGCCAUUCAUAUAUAGUAGAGGUAAGAAACAUUUAAUGAUGCUCAGAAAGGCGGAAGCAACUACAGGCUAAUGAAUCUGCCUAAUGAGAAGGAGAUGCGAAUACUAUCGGCCUAUAUCGACUCAAAAUUUUACGGGGUUACGGCCCCUUGAUUAUUACUAUAUGUAACAUAUAUAGCUGUAUGCUGACCCGAGCUAUUUCUCAGUAAAAACUGAAUCUUGGCGCGAAGUUUAUUUCCAAGAGGAGAUACACAUAAUAUUAGCAUCCCGUACGAAGUGUGACGCCUGAUCACCACACGGAAACCAGGCGUAACUGCAGUAUCAAAGGAAUCAUAUGAAUCAAGCCAAAACCAGGCGUAAACCAAGCAUAAACCAGGCGUAAAUUGAGACGUAAUAUGCAAAUGAGUACGCCAGGUGUAAAAAAUUACGGGCGUAAAUCAGACCAGGCGUAAAAAAUUACGGGCGUAAAACAGACCAGGCGUAAUCCUGAAUCCUGGCAAAGGGAAGUAACUAAUGUUUGCUGGAUAUUUCUGGUUGGCAUCUGUUUGCUGCUUAUGGCUGUAAAGAAAUAAGGACAACAUUUUCUACCAAUUAUAACACGAUCCGUAGCAGUUGCCAUUAUAAACAUAUAACUAAAUCACCCAAACAUCAAUAUGCGAUAAAAUAUAGCUGUUCUAUGCCAGUAGUAGUAUUUUUUCAUAUUCAUUGUCUCUCCAUAAAAAAUGAAUAAGUUGGGUUUUACAGCAACCAACACAAAAAGGUCAUAUAUCACCAAAAAAAAAAAAUUUAAUUGAUCAAAGUUAACUGUAAAGCAUAUCUAAAAAUAUCUAAAACCAUAAAAGUAAAAAGGUGUAUACAUUAUUGUAUUGUUAAAUACCAGUUGCAUUGGUAACAUUGCGAAGGUUCCCAACGAACAAGUACA